AUGAAUCAGACAUUGGCUACUACAUUAGCAACCACUAUGCUCCAUGAUUUAAUGCUCCCAAAGUCAUUUGGGGUGAAUGCCAUGCAAACGGCUGCAUGUAUCACAGCACACAGCCCAGCAUCAGGACUCCAUGGAAAGACCCUAUAUAAAAUACUGUUUAAAAGGAGUAUUGAUCCAACUUUAUUCCGCCCUUUUAUAUGUCAAGCAUAUGCCUUGAUUUUAAAAGACAAACAGCAAGAAAAUUGGCAUGUCAUAUUUAAUGAAUCCGGAAAGGUACAAAAGGACGACACUGCUCCCUGGAACACAGACCCCAGCACAAAUCAGUGGGAGGAACUUAUUCCAGAGAAUGUUCACCUUCCGGACCAAAACACAAUGGAGGAUGAUCCUGACCCUCAGAUCUAA